AACUAGCCCCACAUUCGAUAUCUGAUGGCUAAGAUGCUUUGUCAUCCAGCCUAUCACGGUCCAUAACAGCAGCCAAGCCCCCACUGACCUUGAACAGGAUAGGCCGGACGACGUAGAAUCUUCGUUGUCUGAGAGACAUCGAAUGCUGGGUACCUAGGUACUGGAAAGGUAUUACAAACAACUCUUUCCAUCUCAAAAUUGGCUUCAUCAGGUACCCUGCAAAAUCAGAUGGAGAAUAAUGGUGGCUCCUAGCUGGUGUUGUUCACUGCAGUAUCACAUUGUUGAAGACAGCUAAUUACUUUUGACCUCUGGGAGAAGAGAGGUGGAUAAGAUGCAUUUUACAAAUGGAUUGUUUUUUCUAUUUGGUUUCGUUUUCUUCAUAUGCCAAGGCUCACUCAUCAAUCGACUGAAGUACCAUGAGGUGAUGCAUGCAAGUGAGCUAAGCCACACAAUUGUGAAGCGAGGCAUCAACAGCAGCCCUCAUCCUUUCAACAAAAUUAAAGAGCUAACAUUCAAAACACUGGGCAGGGAUUUCAAGCUUAUGCUUUCACCAAGAAAGUAUCUGCUGCACAGCCAGUUCAAGGCAUAUGAAGUGGACAAGGAUGGAAAGGAAAAACUCCAUCAUAUCGACCCGGAGCACCACGACCUGUACGAGGGCCGUGUGUUCGGCGAGAUAGAGUCGGACGUCAGCGCUCUUAUCGAGGACGGCGUGAUGACGGCUACCGUACGGACGAAGGAGGAUACGUACCACAUUGAGCCGGCCUGGCGCCACAUCGACGACCCGCUGCGCACUCGGAUGAUCACCUACCGCAGCUCGGACGUACUGGAUGGCCAGCCGGGCCUGCCGCUGCCCUCGCUCGGCUCCCACUGCGCCUACGUGCGCGAGGAGGGGAACGCCACCGGCCCGGAGUGGGGCGAGGAGGGCGGUCCAGGUCCUCACGUGCGAGCUAAGCGCCAGACCACAGAGGCGUUCACGUUCAACAUAAUGAAGACGCGCUGUCCGCUGCUACUGGUGGCCGACUAUCGUUUCUACAAGGACAUGGGCAGCAGCAACACUAAGACCACCAUCAACUACCUGAUCAGCUUGAUCGACCGUGUAGACAAGAUUUACCGCGACACGGUGUGGGCGGCGGGCGACCGCGACCGAGGCGUGGGGGAGCGCCACCUGGGAGCCAUGGGCUUCGUCAUCAAGAAGAUCGUGGUGCACAGCGAGCACACGCCGGUGGCGCGGGGCCAGGAGCACUACAACAUGGACACGGGCAGCUGGGACGUGCGCCACCUGCUCGAGGUGUUCAGCCGCGACUACACGCACAAGGACUUUUGUCUGGCGCACCUGUUCACCGAUAUUCGGUUCGACGGCGGCAUCCUGGGGCUGGCCUACGUGGGCUCUCCGCGACGCAACUCGGUCGGGGGCAUCUGCACGCCCGAGUAUUUCAAGAACGGAUUCACUCUGUACCUGAAUUCGGGCUUGAGCUCCUCACGCAAUCACUACGGCCAGCGGGUCAUCACACGCGAGGCCGACCUGGUGACGGCCCACGAGUUCGGUCACAACUGGGGCAGCGAGCACGAUCCCGACAUGGCCGAGUGCUCGCCGAGCGCCAGCAAGGGCGGCUCCUACCUCAUGUACACCUACUCCGUCUCCGGAUACGACCUCAACAACAAGCGUUUCUCUCCGUGCUCCCUGCGCUCCAUCAACCUGGUGCUGAAGGCCAAGUCGUCGCGCUGUUUCACCGAGCCGGAGGAGUCGUUCUGCGGAAACCUGCGUGUCGAGGGUGACGAGGAGUGUGACGCCGGUCUGGUCGGCUCGGAGGACGAGGACUCGUGCUGCGACAAAAACUGCAAGCUGCGCCGGAACACGGGCGCCGUGUGCAGCGACAAGAACUCUCCGUGCUGCAGCAACUGUCAGUACCUGCAGCUGGGAGCCAAGUGCCGAGAGGCCAGUCUGGCUACCUGUGAGAAGGAGGCCACCUGCAACGGCGCCCGGGCCGACUGUCCGGCCUCUGCUCCAAUGGUGGACGGCACAGAGUGUCAGGAGCACGGCGGUCGCUGCCGCGCCGGCAAGUGCGUGUCGUUCUGCGAGCUGAACGGCCUACACAGCUGUAUGUGCGACGUGGAGAAGUACGCGUGCAACCUGUGCUGCCGCAAGUCGCUCAACGACACGUGCACGGCCCAGGAGCCGCUGCGCACCCUCUCCGGAGGAACGCCCUGCAUGCACGGACUGUGCAACAACAUGGGCGUCUGUGAGAAGACCGUACAGGACGUAGUGGAACGCUUCUGGGACAUCAUAGAGGACAUCAACAUCAACAAGGUGUUGCGGUUCCUGCGUGACAACAUCGUGGGCACUGUGCUAGUGAUCAGCAUCAUCAUCUGGGUGCCGGCCAGCUGCGUGUUCAGCUACGUGGACGCCAAGCGGCGCCGCCAGGAGGAGGAGGAGCUGGCCUGGCAGCGGCGCGACCAGCUGAUACGGCCCGGCGAGCGGCGCGUCGUCUACACUCGCCGCCGGCUGCCCGACCGCGAUCGACCGGCAGAGUAUGGCGCCUCCGCCAGGAUGUAGGCGGCGGAUGGCUGGGAGGGUUAGCAGCCGGGAGCCGCCGGGCGGAGGCGAGUCCCGCCGUGUCGUAUUCGGACUGGAUAGUGGAGUUAUGAUGCGCUACUCGACCGGCCCGCUGGAAUUGAUUGCCCGCUGGAAGAUCAGUCAUUUUUUUGUGAUGCAUUUAGCGGAUAGGCGUUUUAUGCCGCAAUUGAGAGGCUCUGUCAGCUAUUUCGUAUACAGUGUAGCCUUGUUCUACAAGCGCCGAUAGUAGAUGGUGAACGACUGAGACUCACAUCAGCGUAGUAUUUUCACAGUACAUAGUUAGCACGAUUUGAUCGAAGGAAGCUCAGCCAAGCCCGUGAUUGCUUGUAUAUCAUGUUUCCUAUCAUCAUUAUUUAUCAGUCAUCACAUUGUAAGGGCAAGUUUUGAAGCAUCCUUUCUUCACGCGAAGGAUUAUUUCACUGCACAGCUUACAUUUCUGCAGCCGUAUACUUGCAAACAUACCUAUACUUGGAAGUGUUGUCUUCGCCACGCAAUGGUGGCGAAUGUGCGUGUGAAUGCGUCUGAAAGUGUGAUGUUUGAAGUGAGCACGUCCGCGCUAUUAUCACGGCAACGUGUGAUUUUAGGAGUGGCGGUGCCGUGAUUUUACCGCGUGUCGAGUGUAGCGCAAAUUCAUUGAACGUUAGAUAUUUUCUAUGAUGGUUUAUCAGCUUAGAAUCCAUCCGCGGUUGUGUGAUAGGCUUUCGAAAUGUGUUUUCCGUCGCUUUACAUGUGCCCCCAGUCACUCUGUAGCUCCUGCCUGUGUCCUUGCAUGGUGCGAUGCGCCGUCUGCCCAGUGGACGCUUGGCGACCGACAGCAUACGGCUGAGCAGCUGUUGGACAUUUGGUUGCCCAACGGCACUCGUUCGGAGCCGGCGUCGGUCGCGUGAUCUCCCCGUCCCCUAGUCAUGUGUUAUUUGUCCCCGCGGACGAUGUGUUCUGAAGUGAGAUUAGAUCAAUCACUUGUAUCGGAACAAAUAUACCCACGAUACGAGAA